GCCAUUGCAACAGUGGCACUCAGGGUGAUACAUCCUGAGCAGUAUUGGGCAGGUUUGCAAGCCUUUUCAAGCCUCAGAGAAAAGGCAGAAAGCAAGGAACUGCCAAAGAUGUCAGAGACUCUCCAGUACUGGGCAUCCAUAUUUAACAGCCCAUCUGUCAUUUCCAAUUGGGAAACCCCCAAUCAUCAAGACCAUUUAUCUAUUCCUGAAUGCUUCAACAUUCUCACUACUGUGGGGAAUUAUUCUAAUGCUUGGAUGAGUAUGCCAAGCCUUCAGCUGGAGUUCAGGUACAAUCCAGGUUGCAUGAUUGUGUUUUCCAGAAGGAUUGUGAGACAUGGGGUUCAUGCAGUGGAAGGGGAUUGGAUUGCUUGGGCAUGGUAUAUGAGGGAUUCUGUUCAUGUUUAUGCCAGGGUUCUGUCAUGUGGAUGGGCUAGGGUGGAUCACAAACAGUGA